AUGCCAAUUGAUCAAGAGAAAUUAGCUAAGUUGCAAAAGUUGUCUGCCAACAACAAGGUUGGUGGUACCAGAAGAAAGCUAGCAAAGAAGACUGGUACUUCCAGCAAAGAUGACACCAAGUUGCAAGCUCAAUUGCAAAAGUUGAGAGCUGUUACUAUUGACAAUGUCGCUGAAGCCAACUUCUUCAAGGACGAUGGUACUGUUUUGCACUUCAACAAGGUUGGUGUUCAAGUCGCCCCACAGCACAACACCUCUGUGUUCUACGGUAUUCCUCAAACUAAGGGUUUGCAAGAACUAUUCCCAGGUAUUAUCUCUCAAAUGGGUGCUGAAGCUAUCAGUGCUUUGACCCAAAUGGCUUCUCAACUACAAUCUGCUGAAGCUCAAAAGGCUGCUGCUCCAGAAGCCGAUGAAGGUAAGGACAUCGACAUUCCAAACUUGGUUGAAGGUCAAACUUUCGAAGAAGACGUUGAAUAA